GUUAAUGUUUGACUGCCGUGGCAGUGGUUCUGUUUGUUGCAGUCGACUACGCCCUGAGGCUCACCAAAAACAGCCACAAAAACAGCCAUUUCCUCUUGGUGGGGAGGUGGGGGGCCUUUUCCUCACUGCAGUGGCUGUUCUCGUCCCGGCACUCGCAGCUCGGAUCUUCGGAGAGGGACACGGCAGAGCAGCCCCCUCGAGAUACUCCAGACUUGCAGAGCUCCUUUGGGAUGACCGCAUUCCCCUCUGGCUCGGCUUGGCUUUGAGAGGAUGACAUCUGUCACCAUUUGCAGGAUUUUCUGAAGUUUGCACCCGAACCCAGGCUUUUGGAGCGGCACUGGUUGGCUCAGAGGACCCAGCGCUCGGCAGACUCCGGCGAGCAUCCCGGCUCUGCCUCGCCUCAGCUCAGGCUCUCCUGCCCCGAGACUGGAUUCUGUCUGGAUUCACCCCGUCCAACACGGAAUGGACCUCCCUGUCACCCAGUUCAUCACGGGACUGGCACUACUUAUCAAAGUGCAAGAAGGUGGAUAAGUCAACGCUAGAAAGGACCUAAAAAAGCUUCUCUUUGUUCUUAUUUUAUGGAAUUCUCCUACCUACCUCAGAAAAUUCUCUUUUUCUUGAUCAGAAACCCCUCUGGAGUUGACUUCAAGAAUGAACGGUGAUGUCCUCUAGCCCCCCGUAAGCACCCAGCACAGCUGCCUGUUCCCAGCCCCAUUUCAAUGUGCUGAUUGGGACCCCGUGUCGUCUGCAACCAGAGACUGGCAGCGAGCUGACAGUCAGAUAUGACUGUCCAGAAACUGGUAGCCACAGCUGUGUUGGUAGCCCUGGUCUCCCUGAUCCUUAACAACGCAGCUGCCUUCACCCCCAACUGGGUGUACCAGACGCUGGAGGACGGGCGCAAGCGCAGCGUCGGGCUCUGGAGGAUGUGCUGGCUGGCAGAGCGGAGCAGAGGGGCUGCAAGCGCCAGUGCCAGGCAUGGCCAAGGGGAGGAGCAGGAGUGUGAAGCCCUGGGCUGGGGCUCGGAGCUGGCUGGGUUCCAGGAGUCUCGCAGCACUGUCAAACUGCAGUUCGACAUGAUGAGGGCCUGUAACCUCAUCGCCACGGUGGCUCUGACUGCGGGCCAGCUCAUCUUCGUGCUGGGGCUGGUGGAGCUCCCCCUCAUCUCCCAGGACACCCAGUGGUGGGAGGAGGCCAUAGCUGCCGUGUUCCAACUUGCCAGUUUUGUUCUGGUUAUCGGACUGGUGACGUUCUACCGCAUCGGGCCAUACACCAAUCUCUCCUGGUCCUGCUACCUGAACAUUGGAGCCUGCCUUCUGGCCACGCUGGCGGCUGCCAUCCUGAUCUGGAACAUCCUGCACAGGCGCGAGGACUGCAUGGCCCCCCGCGUCAUCGUCAUCAGCCGCACCCUCACCGCCCGCUUCCGCCGCGGCCUGGACAACGACUACGUGGAGUCACCGUGCUGAGGAGAGCACUGCAAAGGGGAAGGAUCUCCAAGGAGAUCUGCACUGGAGUUGGUUUUCUAUAAAUAUAUGCUAUAAUUUAAGGGUUGAAAGACAUCACAACGCUCACUCUUGUGGGCAGAGGCCCUCGAUUAUUAUUUGGAUGGGCUCCAUCGAUAUAUAUAUAUGUAUAAAACACAUAAUGUUAUAUAUUUUAUAUUAUAUUGCCCUCUCCCUCUGCUGUACAGCACAGAAUGUUGGAUUGUCAGAAUCCUGACAGAGCAUGGCAGCUGCAUGGCAGCAGGGUCAGCCGGAGAAGACACCGAGUGUGUGCAAUGAGAACACAGGAAAGAGGGAACUAAACACGUUUUCUCUGUCUGCAUCAAGUUCUCCUACUCCCUAAUAAUAAAGUAAAAAGCUAUAGGCUUUGGAGUUAACAGGCAAUCUGAGAAAGCAGAAAACUCACUAUAGAAUAAGUGAUGGGUUUAACAGCUGUUCAAAUUUCAUGACUCUCUAGUCCUUCCAUCCACCUCUCUCCAAGGAAUGGAUUCACUUUAGCUGUAACACCUGCUCCCAGCCCCAGCACAGCCCAGAGAGUAAAAGGCAAAAGCAACUCUAUUUCAAUGUAAAGAAAGGGAAUGCAGAAGAAUUGACUUGCAUUUUUUCAGACACUUCUUUUGUAUCCUGAGACAAAGGUUUGGGUUUGUCCUAUUUGUACACAGACACUAAAAAUGAGAAGGGUACGCAGCUAGAACAGGCCACAUAUGCUGCUGAAAAAUCUACUUCAGUGUUACAUUGAGGGCAAAUAUCUACAGGAGGUUUCCUGGACUCCCUCAUAAUCACAGAUAUGAUCGACUUACAUCGUUGGGAACUAUUAUUAAAAACAGAUAUUUCAGCUCAAAUUGGUUUCUUUUCUUCCCAGUCAGCUUUAACAUUUGCUGUGACAUCAGAGUGCUACAGCAGGACACCAGCUCUGCCCAGCAGUGCUCAGAGGCACAUACCACAGGGCAUACAGAGAACAGAGCUGCCACUCAAGCACCCAAACUGCAAAGUAAGACACAUAGACAGGGACUUCAGCAUGAGAUUUGAAAACAACCUGCCUGGUAACUUAAUGUGGUAACCAAGUGAGAAAUUAAUCCCUUUGGAAUUGGGCCUAUUCUAAGCCUCACCCUGACAGGCACACGGGCUCACAAAAGUCCUGUGCAUGUGAUUUUCAGGAAGAAAGACAACACACCAAAAACUAUUAUGCAGGAACACUUGGGAUACAGGAACCUGAAGCAAUGACAGGUGUUUAAAAGCUCUCAGGAUGCUGCUCUGAGCACAGUUAGUGACAGGUUUGAGGGACCACGAGCUGUGAAUGUUACAAAUCCCUUAGGACUGUUGUGUUGCUCCCAGCUGAGUACACUGCUUUGCUUCUCUAUCACUAUUUCCAGACUUUGUUAAAAUGUGAUCAUCAAGCUGGCUCUUGAGUUCUGUUCUGCACUCAGUUUGGAUGUGAUAAGAAACUCAACCCCGACUGCUGCUCUGCACCACAUUCCAAGUGAGCAACACCCAAAAGAGUCUGAUACUCUAGAACAACUGCACUGCUCUAGACUAUCAGGGUAAGCACCAUAAAGCUGACAAAGAGUUUCUUCUAGAGGUAGGUUUGUAAAAACCAACUAAAAUUAGUAUUCAUUUGCCUGCAUUAUUUUCUGGGGAAAAAAAUAAUUCCAGAAAUAAUAUGCUAUGAUUAAAUGCAGGGUUUUUUAAAAUAAAAUAUUGUGGAGUAUUUAAGAGA